AUUCAAAUUAUUAUUUAGAGAAGAAUUUUGUCUGACCUUGAAACGACCACGAUCGUUGGAUGAUACAGUACGGAAUGAAUGUGGUGGGAUGUUGUAUCGCAAAUGGAAUUUCGUAACAAAUUUUUUAACAUUACGUUUCACAGUAUAGUCCACCUACGUAUAUGUAUGUAAUGUACACAUGCGCGUGUAUGUUUGUUUGUCAAAACUGUUGCACGUGUACUUACAGCUGGUGUCAUGUGUGAGUCUCGGAAGUUAAAUCGAUCUACUCCACCGUUUUGUAAAUAUUUUGAUUAGAUAAAAAUAUUUAGAAAAAAUAUUUUUAGUUUAGCAGAUCAAUUCAUCUUCUGAGAACCAUAUGCCGUGCUAUGGUACCGCUUCUACGGCGGAUACGUUUCCUACGAAGCAACUUAAGUCCUAAAGUUUGCUUUACUUAAUCGUAACAAAUCGUUACAAUGCAAACCACGUCCUAUGCGAACCCUAUCCGCCUCGAAGCGUGAUGCGGAUGAGUCGAUGUAUGUAUAUGCGAAGUGAAUGGAAAAACAUAAUUCCGUAUGUAAAUGUUUUUUACGCGAAAAUAAUUGUUUCGCGCCGUCAAACGCCUUCCUUUUACUUCCACUAAAAAUUCUCGACGAACAUUCGUCGCACAAGCUUCUACUUAUCGAACGAAGAAAUAUCAUAGCAAAUUACGUCGAUACGUUUCAAGCAUUACCCGACCACUUAAAAACUGUGCAAUAGUUUCUCACGUAAUAUAUUUUUUAAAUUGGAUUUCGCUAUUGUUAUCAACGCCGAGGACAACAUCGUUGAUGGUCAAGGAGAUAAUAACGACGCGCAGAUGGUCGUUAGGAAGGGAGCGUAAUCAGUGAGAAUGUACCAUUAGCCGCGCAAACUGCUUCUGAAGAAGUAGUUUAACGUAUUUCAGUAAAGAACUCGCAUCGGAGGUCGAUGUUCCCCGGGACAUAAUCGGAAACGACGGUUUGCGUGAUGAAUAUACGGUUUUCCAGAUGUUGCGCGUGGAUUAUUGUGUUAUCUGUGUGCUUCCCGGGUAUUUGCGGGCUUCUCGGGAACGGAGGAACCUUUCGUUGUAGAGUCGCUUGUCAGCCACUCGUCGAGCACCGUUCGCUCGAAUUUGUUGGAGAACGAUGGCUUGCGACCGGUUAAGAACCACUGGAGGCGUCGAUUUUGGAUCAACGCGCAGAAUGAACCGGAAGCGGAGAACGACUAUUCUAUGGGGGAAUUUCCCGACGAUCUGUUCACGAAUAAAGAACGUCAACACGGGGCAGUGGUGUUGCACGCCUUCCUCGGAUUCUACUGUUUUGUAUUAAUAGCAUUCGUUUGCGACGAUUAUCUGCUACCAUCCCUCGCACGAAUAUGCAAGCGAAUGAACAUAAGCACCGACAUCGCUGGAGCGACGUUCCUCGCGAUGGCUAGCUCGUUUCCCGAAAUGUUCGUUAACUUAAUCGGCACGUUUCUCACCGAAUCUGAUCUGGGAGUCGGUACCGUGGUCGGUAGCGCCGUGUUUGACACUUUCGCAACUCCAGCUUGCGGGGCCUUGACUGCUCUUCACGCGAUACAAUUAGAAUGGCGAAUAUUGUCACGAGAUUGUAUUGUGUACGUGAUAUCUGUUGGAACUUUGGUAGUGAUAAUGUGGGACGGGCUGAUCGAGUGGUACGAAGCGACGGUUUUGCUAGCGUUGUUCUUUAUUUACCUGGUCCUGCUGUUCGGUGGUAAAUGGGCCCUGCGAUCUUGCUCCAGCGAGGGGAAAGGCUCCACUGUGGUGCUGGUCAGUGUCAUCGAGAGCUCGUCGCACGUGGAUUUGUCCAAGCCACGUUUCAAGAACGGCUUAGAUUACCUAGAGAAUGGGAUAACCGUUGUACGAGAACAUCAACAAAAUAGACGACACGACCUGGACAUUGCUAGCCAAUCUGGGAGAUCGGAAAAAGCCGAGGAAAUAGAAAACCUGUUUGCAUGGCCAACGGAGAAGCAAGUGCUGUUGAAAUGCUGGUUCUUGUUGAACUGGCCGUUGAAGUUCCUGCUGUUCGUGACGGUACCAGACACUAGACGCGAACGGUUCAAGAAUUGGUACCCCUUGACGUUCGUCAUGUGCGUGAUUUGGAUCGCGAUAGCAUCUUACUUGCUCUCCUGGAUGAUGACGGUCGUUGGAGUGACCAUAGGCAUCCCAGACUCCAUCAUGGGCAUCACGUUCCUGGCUGGUGGAGGAAACAUACCGGAACUCGCGUCCAUCGUGAUUUUAGCGAGACAGGGUGACGGGAACAUGGCGAUGAGCAACACUCUGGGGGCGAACAUUCUCGAUAUUCUACUCUGCCUGGGUCUACCAUGGCUAGUGAAGUGUCUGCUCACUGGGAGUUCCGUGAAGAUCGUGUCCGGGGCUCUUUCGUACAGCGUACUUUCAUUAGUCAUUUGCAUAAUCAUCCUAUUCACGGUCAUCGCAUCUUUUAAAUUUAAGCUGAACAAGAAGUAUUCAACGAUCAUAGUCAUGCCCAUUGGUAUUCACGAAUGCCAUGGAGAAGACGACGAGCGUCCGCCAGAGACAGGAACGAUAAAAGGGGCGAACAAGUGAAAGAAAAUUAAUGAAAAUUGUGCUGUCGAUAGUGAACAUCGAUAACGAUGGGGCUGAUAAGAUUAUAUGUCGAUAAUAUUCUCAGGUUCUCAGGUUCUUGACAUACAUUUUCGACAUCGAUACUCUUUUGUAACGCGUCCUUGGUCGCGUCGAUGCCGUGCACACUUUGUGUAUCGAAGUGGAUUAACAUUUUGCAAUGGCGUCGCUGCGACGCAAACUAAAUGAACGAUAUAAAUUAAUAAAAUUGAAAUUGUAAGCACAAAUUUUGGUGGUAGAAGGAAAUUAAAGAAAGUAGGGGUACAUGCCGCGGUGGUGGAAACAACACGAUGAAGACUUGUCUUCAGGAUAGAGACAAAUUCUUUGACAAGAACAAUUUUCUCAAAAAUCGAUGAAGAUCAAAAAGUCGUUAACAGGAAUUUUGUUGACGCAAUAUAUUAUAGUUCAGUUCCAAUUAGAGGAGGGCUAUCCCUAUCGAGAUAAGCUAUUACGAAAGAAUUCAAUUAAGAAAAUGUAGAAAAGAAGUAUCGAUUAAACUCCGAUGCCUAGCACUACAAUCUAUUUAUAUGA